UGAGUUAUUUCCCUUAUAAAAUUGGAACUCUUCUUUGUUAGCGUAACUUCCGCUGACUACAACGUAUGUUGUUAUGGACGCCUCCGCCGAAUUAACGCUAUUUAAUGACUGGACGAUCGCCAAACUAAGAGAAUUUUUGAGAGAGAAUAAUCAAAUAAUAUCAGGUAGCAAAAAGGAACUUGUCGAAAGAGCACGCGGCGUUAUUAUUCUUAAACUAACGGCUGUCCAAGGGCAAAACAAUCAGUCUGAGAAAAACUCCAAAUCGUCAACUUUUCCAGAUGGAGAACCUAUACCCGAUAUCCGCACUCUGUCUAACUGGUCAUCAGAUUUUACUAACAUUCCCGAUUUUUCAGAGAAAGAUAUUUAUAAUUAUCUUGUAAUCAAAAUGAACACUAAACGUCAACUUAAAUCAAAAGUGUUCCUUGAAGAUAAACAUGUCCAUUCGGUGGAAUACAACCCUAUCAAUAAUGAAAGUUCUCAUUGUGCCAUACGUUGUAAAGUUAUACCAUCAUUCCCAUCAGCUGACAUGAGCAAGCGUCCUGACUAUGAUGUGUCAACAUUUUUGUCAAAGGUUACAGGCAAUGUGUUCGCUGCACAUUGCACCUGUACAGCAGGUUUUGGUGAGGCGUGCAACCACAUUUCUGCAUUACUUUAUACAAUUGCUGACAUUGCUGAAAAAAAGAAAAGUGGUCUUCUUUCAUGUACGUCAACAAAAUGUGUGUGGAACAACCCAAGGAAAAGAAAACUUAGUCCAAAAAAGUGCAGUGAAAUAAAAUUCAAAAAGUUUUCAUUUGGCUGUUCAUCAGUUCAAGAAAAUAAAACCAGCAAAUCUGCAACUAACAGCAUCAUAGCAUCAACAACAUUCAACGUAGAAAGAUUUAGAAAAACUCUUGUUGAAAAAAAAUCUAAAGCAGGCUGGCUUACAUAUUUUGCAAAGAAAAAAGAUGGUACUGAGGAAAAUAUACCAUUGCUUCAUAAUAUUUUAUUUAUGUAUCAUGAUAGUGUAGAUAUGUGUAAUUCACAAGUACAAAGUGAUUUGUGCAAAUAUUUUGAGUCUCUCUCUGUGUCAGAUGCUGAUUGUGCCAAAAUUGAAAAACUUACAAAGGGUCAAAACAAAAGUCAGAACUGGUUUGAAUGCAGGAAAGGAAGGUUGACAAGUUCAAAUUUUGGAAAAAUUUGUAAGCUAAGGCCAGAAACUGACCCCCAAAAUUUAUUGAAAUGCUUUUUGUAUGAUGUUUCCUUUCCUACCAACAAAUUUGUCAGGUGGGGAAUUGAACACGAGCCUGCUGCUAGGAGAUUUUAUUGUAAACUAUAUCCUUCAUAUAUAGUGAGUCAGUCAGGACUUAUUGUUAAUCCAAAAUACCCUCAUCUAGGUUGUAGUCCUGAUGGUAUUGUUACAUUACCAACUGGUGAGAUUGGUCUGCUAGAAAUUAAAUGUCCAGCAUCAGACAGAUGGCGAAUCCUUUCACCAGCUGAAUGUGGACUUGAUUCUGAAUUUUGUUGUUCACUUGAUGAAAAUCAAAAUUUAAAACUAAAAACAAACCAUAAUUAUUAUUUUCAGGUACAAGGUCAAAUGGCAAUUUGUAAUAAACAAUGGUGUGAUUUUGUUAUAUGGACACUGAAGCCACCACUUUCUGUAGAAAGAAUAUAUUUUGAUGAAUCAUUCUGGUUGAAAUGUUUAAAUAGACUUAAUGAUUUUUAUCUGAAAAGCAUGCUUCCAGAACUAUUCACACAGAGGUUGUUAAGGUCUCUGAAAUAAAUUGCAACAUGGAUCUUCAGUCCCCUUUGCUCAGUUGUUUUAUUAUCAUAGG